GGGAAAGAAAGAUGGAACGUGGCCGAGGGAGAGAUCGAGGAGGAGAGCGUGCGAGAGACGAAGACCGAGACUCGAUCUCUCUGACUGCCUCUGGCUGGCGGCGGGGUGCACGGACCACACUCCCCUUUCCGCCCACCAAAGACCGAUCUCCUUCGUCAGUGCCGGCGUGGCGCGGGUUUCCUACAGGUGCGUUUACAACUUACAACCUGCCUCACGCUUUUCUCGUCCGCCUACCUGACAGCGCGCGGGCCGAGGCGACAAACGCACUGACUUCGGUGUUGCGCUACCUUCGCAAGCGGAAUCGACUACUCGAUCUUCGGAGAUCGAUCACAGAGAUGAUUACAGUGGUGCAGUGAGAGUUCUGGAGUUUGCGGCAGCGCGUGCGAUACGUGAACGUCGACUUUGGACGUAUAAGAAUUGGCUAGAGCGCCUGCGGAGGCAACGGUUCCUUUUACGAUCGUCAAACUAUCAGAAUUAUCGGAAUUAUCGGAAUUAUCGGACGCGUAUCUACAUCGUCCGCAUCAGGCAUGGCUGAGCAUCGAAUGCACCGACAUGCACCGAGGUGAGGAAAUUCCACGGUAGCGGCGGAGGAACCAAAGCGUGAAGGAAGGAAAGAGAAGAGAGAGGGUGCCAGGUUUCGCGUUUACGCACCUGCCCCUCAUACCACGUCCCUACCUAAACCUCCUGCGUUCAACCUGCGCGGCAUCGCCUCAUAGGCACUGGGCACUGGUAUAGAUAGGAUACCAGAGAACCCCCGCGCGUGCCCUCAGUCCGCCCUCUUGCCGCUCGCUCUCUCGGACUACCUGUCGGUCUCGCUCUGGCGACUGGCGAGCCGACCGGUACCCGCCUCUCUCGCACCAAGGGCGACUCUAGAGUGAGGCAGUCACGCCGCAGCAUCCAGCAGCAGCGCUACUAGCGGCAGCCAAACGGAAAGACUCCCAGGCGAGUCGCCCUGGCGUAUAGGUGUGCGCGCAGAUGUGUGCGUCGUGUGCGUGAGGUGUGCAUGAGCCUCACCUGCGUGGGUGUGCGAGCCGAGGAAGCCUACCUGGCGGCGUCCGACACGCAGUUACCCGCGCGCUUCUCCGUGUUCUCCCGCAGGAAAGAGCGCCGAGCGCGUAUCCCGCCAUCCCGCUCCGCGGUUGUCGUUCUCUCGAUUCUCGAGCUGCUUCUAGGGUAACCGACCUUGGGAGAGAGGAGCGCGUCGCCGUCGCUGUUCCUUUCGCGGUACUCCGGGCGAGAUUGGAGCAGGAACGGAAGUGCGACACGGAAAGGAAAGGAGUUGCGCCGCGCUGCCUACCGCAAGCUUGUGGUUGCCACCGCGUGUAGUGUAUGUGUGUUUACGUGUACACGGGAGAAAGAUAAGGAGUGAUAGAGGCGCGCGAAGGCCUGCGAAAGUUCUCGUUGUGCCGUAGUGGAUGUCGACGCAGGUACAACGGAUGUUUGGAUGUUUCCGCCGCUGAUCACCGGACCGUCGGCUAAUAAGGGAUUUCGAGCGGAGAAGGAGGAGGAGGAGAUGCGUUGGCGGUUCGCUGGAGGACUCUGAAAGGGAGACCUGGCAGGCUCCAUCAACGUCCUCCAGGUACAAUCGCUAUGCCAACCGACAUCGUAGUUACGUCGGCCUCGGCCACAGUUUCUGAGGAGACGAGCAGAGGACCUGGUCGGGACCUGGGUCUUGGACAGUCUCCGAGAUCAGGCCCCUCUUCCGCAGCCUCGUCGUCUUCUAGUUCUAGCGCGGCAUCGACCUCGAGAGGAUUCGAUCCAUCUGGCACUCUCGCCGCUUAUCAUCAUCACCGUCACAGCUUGGUAACCAGUCUGGGUCAUGCCCAUCACCGAGAGUCGUCAGCCUUUGUGCCUGUGGUGCCUUCAAGAUUACAACUCACUCCGUAUCCAGGUGAAAUGCAUCCUCAUUUACCCGGGCCACCGCCCUCUUCCUCAUCGUCGGCGAAUUCGGAACACGAAGUCGGUCCUGAAUCUUCAGUGGCCAGAAAGAGCUCGUCGAGUUACGAUAUCAUGGCGAUGAUGGCCGACAAAAGGAAAGAGUUAGCGCGAGGUCUUUUAUUACCGCCGCAUCCUCUCCUUGAACCUCCUGGAUAUCCAGUCUUUGCUGGUCCUUUUCCUGGUAGUUCCGCUUUGUAUCCCCCGGGUGGUCCAUUAGCCCAUCAGCAUCUGGAUCGAAGGUUACUUAGAGCACCUGGCAGAGCAUCCAGACCGAAGAAACAAUUCAUUUGUAAAUUCUGUAAUCGACAGUUCACGAAAUCAUAUAAUCUCCUUAUUCAUGAGAGAACUCAUACCGACGAGAGGCCAUACUCCUGCGACAUUUGCGGUAAGGCCUUCAGGCGGCAAGAUCAUCUUAGGGAUCAUAGGUAUAUCCACAGUAAAGAAAAGCCUUUCAAGUGCGGUGAAUGUGGUAAGGGCUUUUGUCAGAGCCGUACUCUGGCAGUUCACAAGAUUCUGCAUAUGGAAGAAUCUCCGCACAAAUGUCCUGUUUGCGCGAGAAGUUUUAACCAGCGCAGCAAUCUCAAGACGCAUCUUCUAACGCACACGGAUCACAAGCCUUAUGAAUGUACCUCGUGCGGCAAGGUAUUUCGUAGGAACUGCGAUCUCAGGAGACACGCAUUGACACAUGCCGUGGGCGAUGUUCCUCCAGAGGCAUUGGAAGAGGCGUUGAGGGACGACGACAGUCCCGAAGAAGAUUGCCCCGAGCCUGGACCAUCUUCCUCAUCGACAUCCACACCACCGUCCGUAUCUUCUGCAUCUUCUACUUCGUCCGGAUAUCCUUCCCAAGGUUCUUCAGUGCAGCCACCUGCGCCUACAGCAUCGGCCUCAGCACCACCUCUUCCUCAGAGACCUCAACUUCAGAUCAGAAGGGACCUACUACCCACUGUGAAGACAUCGACGGUGACCAGUGGCGCAUCUGUGGCUCAUUCUGUCACCCAGAACCCACCGGCUGCACUCCCGCCACCACCCCCACUCAUUUUGGCUUCUUACCGGCGAAGAAUUGGCUCCCCGGGUCCUUCCAGAGUAUUCCUAGAGCUUCAAGAGCGUGAGCGCGAGAGAGAACGAGAGAUGGAGCAGAACAGAGAAAGAGAACGUAACAGGGAACGUGACAAGGAAAUAGCUAGACCACCGAGAGCUCCAACACCGCAGCCACCACCACCACCUAGACCUGCACCAGCACGCCAGGGUUUCACUAUUGCGGAUAUAAUGGGUCGAUAGAAAAUUUGUCGCAGGUAGUUUUCCUGUGCUUGAAUUUCUUUCUCAUAGGCUUUAUGGAUUACACGAAGGAAAGGUACCGGUUUUCACAAAGAAUAAAGUCUUUCUAAAGAUUCCAUGGAUUCUACGAAAUUUUUGAAACACGUAAAGAUAUGGCUAACUUUUCGAAUUUUUUAGAAAAUCUGCAUACGAUCUAUUUUUCAUGUGGAUAUGAGAGAGUUUAAAUAAACAAUGAGCAAACAAAGUCCUAAAAAAAUAUCUUCAUAACUCUUUCAAAAAAGGCGUGCGCGAUUCUAAAAUAGUUAUUAAAGACUUGGAAAAAUUUAACCCUCUCACUCCAAAUAUUCAUAUAUUAUCUUUUUAUACCUAAUAUAAAAUAAUACAAAGAUACGAAUUAUAAAAAUUAUUAAACAAGAUAAUUUCAAAAGUACGUAUCAAAAAGAUAUUUGUAUUAUUAUAUAACCUAGAAUGCAGUAUUAAGAAAUAAUUUUCUAGGAAUGAGACGGUUAAACAAAUAUAUACCAAAAAUGUGCCUUAAUAGUUUGUCGCUAAAGAGAGGUGCUCAGCUCGCUUCAUGCUACAGUUGUAGAAGCUACAGUAGUUCUUCCCGCGACGCGCAUCGCGAUAAGGACGCAAUAGCGAAGAAAUAAUAAGUCCAGAAGAUAUUAAGAAAACUGCGACUAUAUACGGCGAAGUAUUCUUUUGUCCUGCAGUUGUUCGAGAGAGGGGAUAAUGCAAAUUUUGCGGUCGGGGUAAUAACCUGUGCCUGUGCCACCGUGGCAGGUGCAAUACAGCUUUGUACCUGCUCGAUCCGCGCGCGAAAUACCUGCUCCCUGCUACUGCUACUACUGCUGCUGCUGCUUUUCCCUUCUAAAAAUAUUCCUAGACGAAUAUCAAUAUUUUUUUCUCUCCUCUUCCGGCCUCCUCCCUCGCCUUUCCGUGCCCUCGACGCGAGAAAGCGUUAAUGGUCUUUUUGUGCGACCCAAACUGUACACCAUCCGACCGCAGAGGCGAUCCUUUCGAGCUAUGCCUGUAACGCCUCCAACACAAAGGUAUACCUUCUUUUCAGUGGAUUUCAAAGAAUCCAUAUAUAAGAAACGAUCCCUCGAAUAUACGUUCUAGAAUAGCUUUCCGUUUUAAAGUGUCUAUUGUGAUUAUAAAUAAAAUUUCGAUGUGUUCGAAUGUUUGAAUGAUCCGGCCAACUUUGUGCGUUAACGCGCGUUACGGAAAAAUACAACAAAAUCGGGUACAAAAUGGAUAUACUCCAUGCUUGAAAUGAUAUUUACUAAUAGCAAUAUAUCUUUCUUAAUUAUAAAAUAUACAUAGAUCUUCAUAAAUACUGAAAACUCAAUAUUUCCAUAAGGACUGUCUGAAAGCGAACCAGUUAUUUCCACAACGCUUUGUUUUGUGCGAAAUUAAUCUAGAAAUAAAUUAAAUUAAAUUUUCAGUAUUCCUCACGAAUACUUAUAAUAUUAUACUUAUAAUUAUGAGUAUAA